GGAAGAUACACACACCGAAAUCAGCAUUAAUCAAACGGCUCUUCUCUGUUUCUAAGGUCCCAAGAACCGAGAAGAACCCUCUUUCAAGAUAAAAAGUCAUGUUUGGCCGAGCUCCAAGGACGAGUAAUAACUCCAAAUACUAUGAAGUUCUUGGGGUUUCAAAAAGCGCCAGUCAAGAUGAACUCAAGAAAGCAUAUAGAAAAGCUGCCAUAAAGAACCAUCCUGAUAAAGGUGGUGAUCCUGAAAAGUUCAAGGAGUUAGCCCAAGCAUACGAAGUUCUAAGUGAUCCUGAGAAGAGAGAAUUAUAUGAUCAAUACGGUGAAGAUGCUCUCAAAGAGGGAAUGGGGGGUGGUGGUGUUCAUGACCCUUUUGAUAUAUUUGAGUCGUUCUUUUCACCUCUUCAUCGUCGUGAUGGUUUCCGUGGGAGGAAGAAGCAGGGUGAAGAUGUUGUGCACACACUUAAAGUUUCCCUGGAUGACUUGUACAAGGGAACAUCUAAAAAGCUCUCUCUCUCACGGAACAAAUUGUGCCCCAAGUGUAAAGGGAAAGGUUCAAAGAGUGGAGCAUCUGGGCGGUGCUAUGGAUGUCAAGGUUCUGGCAUGAGGGUCACGACACGACAGAUUGCACCAGGAAUGAUCCAACAAAUGCAACAUAUGUGUCCUGAAUGCAAAGGCUCGGGGGAGGUUAUCAGUGAGAGAGAUAGAUGCACUCAAUGUAAAGGAAACAAGGUUGUACAAGAAAAGAAGGUGCUGGAAGUUCAUGUUGAGAAAGGUAUGAAACAUGGUCAGAAGAUUGUAUACCCAGGCGAGGCUGAUGAAGCUCCUGAUACCGUCACUGGAGACAUAGUUUUCGUGUUGCAACAAAAGGAACAUCCCAAGUUCAAGAGGAAGUUUGAUGAUCUUUAUGUUGAGCAGAGCCUUAGUUUGACGGAAGCUCUGUGUGGAUUUCAGUUUGUCUUGACUCAUCUUGAUGGCAGGCAACUUCUGGUGAAAUCAAACCCCGGUGAAGUUGUUAAGCCUGAUCAGUACAAGGCAAUAAAUGAUGAGGGAAUGCCACAGUACCAGAGGCCCUUCAUGAAGGGCCGUCUAUUCAUCCAUUUUAAUGUGGAAUUCCCGGAGUCAGGGACUCUGCCCUCUGAGAAAUGCCAGGUCUUGAAGGCGAUGCUCCCAUCAGGUUCACUUAAGCAGUCGUCAGACAUGGACUUGGAUGAAUGCGAGGAAACCACUUUGCAUGACGUCAACAUUGAAGAAGAAAUGAGGCAGAAGCAGCAUCAACGACAUCAAGAGGCUUAUGAUGAGGAUGAUGACGAUGAACCAACCAUGCAUCGAAUGCCCUGUAACCAGCAAUAAAUAACUCCGCCUCUUUUGUUGCCCGUAAGUUCUGAUGGGACGCAACGGCCUGCUUGCGGUACAAAGCUAUAUACAGGAUAUGGAAGUCCAGCCAUUAUUAAUUAAUUAUUUUUUGUGGUUCUUAAUAUCUUCUUAGUUAUGAAUGCAAUUUGAAACUCGAGUAAAAUCUAGUAUCUUGAUAAUUUAAGUGGAUCUUUUGCUUAAAAGAGGAGCACAUGUGUUCAGAAAUCGCUCUGAAAUUAGACUGUACAUCUUGAGCAUUUGGUGGUGCAAAUAAUUGGCUUUACAA